AGGAAAGUUGAUCGAUACAGCUGCAUUGUGAGGAUAGUACUGACGAAUCCGCUCUAGUGAUCAAAUCCGCUACCACACUGAAGAUGAACAAUGUUGGCUGCAUAGUUUGUCCCUCUAGAAAAUACAUUCAUUACUAGAAACUUCUCCAUUCCGCGCACCUCCUAUAUGAGAACGCACAGUCAACUACCUGCAAGGUCGCUCACAAUACAGGAGUUGAAGUUCAACAUGCCCAAAGAGCACGAGCGUCCUGAGAUGUUUGCACCUAGCGAGACGCGGCGACCUCGUAGCGAAUCAGCCAACGAGCAGCCGUUGACACGACAUCUGGCAGUCCCUCGGAAAGAGUCCCGUCGUGGUGCUCUUGGCCGAUAUCACCAUGAUCUACAUCUCCAGCAGUCCCAAGGCCGACAGCUGACAACCUCACAGCAGUCUCGAAAUGCCAGGACGAAUAGGCGGACAAGCCAAAUCGUGAAUGGUGUAGUGUACACAGGUUCGGUUGCACCGACAUCUAUUACCACUUCGUCCCAAAGCACCUCUGGAGAUAGUACACGAGACCGGGAUGCUAAUGAUGGACUCCCAUCCCUUCUGGGUUGUGAGCCCAUCAACCCAGAUUCCCAGUAUUUGCCUCGCCAACCAAACGUAUCGCACCCGCAAUCUUCAUCUGCGGCGCGUCCACAGAUUCAGGUUUCACCGCCUACACUCGCACCACGACGAUACCAGCCCACUGAUCGCUCACGACCGAACACUUUGUCGCACUACUACCCUGUUUCUGGUCCGCCAUAUGCACUUGACAGUGCCCCAGGUGCAACUCCCUGGGCCAUGCAACUCAACCACCAGACCACAACGCCUCAUCGUGACCCUCAUUAUACCACGCAGAUCCCGCCUCCGCCAGUCGAGCUUCCAGUCGUCGAGCGACCCCUAGAGCUAGAAGCCGGCGCCGACGGAAUCCCGCCCCUCGAACUAGAGGCCGGAGCCGACGGCGUCCAGCAGUACGAACUCCCCGCUGAGAUAGCAGAGUCUCCAGUAGAGAUACCGGUGCUUGAAGAACAGAAGCCGGCGGCGCCGGUGUAUGAGUUCUUCACGGGAGCGCGGACUUGGGAGUUUGAGGAUCUGAGUGAGGUGUAUGGGAAGUUGCUUGAGGAAGAGACUGCGGCUCGUUGCCGUUAUGAUUGA